ACAAUAUUUUAUUUUGUGAAUGUGAUUUGAUUGAUGUAUAAAUUUGCUGUGGACAGUGGGUCCUGGUGGAAGUCCAGAUGAGAAUGGAGAAACUACAAUUGAUGCUCUGAUUAUGAAUGGGGAAUUAAUAGGUGACAAUGGAGAUUGGAGCUGUAGCUGCCAUGAGGUAUGUGAAAGAUGGCAUUAGAGCUGCAAGAUUAGUGAUGGAACAUACUAAGCACACUCUCCUUGUUGGGGAGAAGGCAUCAGCCUUUGCCAUUGCGAUGGGUCUCCCAGGUCCCUCAAACCUUAGCUCGACAGAGUCUAUUGAGAUGUGGAAUAAAUGGAAAGAGAAUGGUUGCCAACCUAAUUUUUGGAAAAAUGUUAUACCUCUAAACGGUUGUGGUCCUUAUCAUCCGAAGGGUGCAAAUGGCUUCAGUGAGGGGGGUUACUCCAAAGCCAAUUUGAUGGGAGUUAUUGAAUCAAGGUCAUCUCAUUUUGGUCUUCACAGCCAUGACACCAUUUCAAUGGCUGUUAUCGAUAAAAUGGGACAUGUUGCUGUUGGCACAUCAACUAAUGGAGCUACUUUUAAGAUCCCUGGCAGGGUGGGUGAUGGACCCAUUGCUGGAUCUUCAUCAUAUGCUGAUGAUGGGGUUGGUGCUUGUGGGGCAACUGGUGAUGGUGACAUCAUGAUGCGCUUCCUUCCCUGUUAUCAAGUAGUAGAGAGCAUGAGAUUAGGAAUGGAACCAAAGCUCGCUGCCAAGGAUGCAAUAUCUCGAAUUGCAAGAAAAUUUCCAGAUUUUGUUGGGGCUGUUGUUGCUGUCAAUAAGAAUGGUGUGCAUGCUGGUGCUUGCCAUGGAUGGAAAUUUCAAUACUCGGUGAGAACCUUGGAAUUGGAAGACGUGGAGGUUUUCACUGUGUUACCGUGA